UUCGUUUAUCGGCAAUGGAGACUGUUCGUGUUUUCAUCUUGCUUGCCUGGAUUAUUCUGUGUAACUUCGCUGACAGUGGAAAAAUCGGAGAGUGCCCGGAAAGCUGGACGCAAGUUAGCAGAAAGUGCUUCAAGUUUGUGGAACUAGAACAAAGUAGAUAUGUGGCACAUGAGGCAUGUAGCAAUGGCUCAUCUUCUUUGGCAAAGUUAAGCAAUGAUGAAGAGAACAAAGCUGUUCAAGAUCUUAUCAGCGGCCACGGUUAUGCCUGGAUCGGAAGCUAUUAUAAGAACACACAUAUUGAUCAGCCGGACUACUUUAACAUGCCUGAAAUAUAUCGUUCAAUGGAAGACCGAUGCACAAUAAUGUUGGCAAGAACUGGCAGAUGGCAACAUCUCGCUUGUUAUAGAAAAGGCCCUUAUGUAUGUGGAAAACAGGCUCCUUGUGAACCUGGAUGGGCUGGAGAUAAAUGUGAACGCCGGACUCACUGUCACCUUGGACAUUUCGGUAAUGAAACAACCAAUAUGUGUCCGUACGGAUGCGAACCAGGAUGGAUUGGAAAUUUGUGCUAUAAACAUCACGAGAGACCUACAGUGGCGUCGUUUUACUGUAUGAAACUGAGGGAAGGCUACUCCAUGAUGGUUUUUUUGGACUGGAAAGGUGUCUCCUACUCGAAUGUUGGAGCUGUGAACGCCGAAGGGGCGAUAAGUUCAAACUGUACCAAGAGCAGAUUUGCGAGGAAUGAGGAUGGACAAAUGUAUCUAAAUGUUCACAUUCAAAACGUGUCGGGGGUUUUGGAACAGGAUUGCCCGGCGGACACAAUCGCUGAUGGGAUCCUGCAAUGGACGUUCAGAUUUCAGAUGACAAAGGGCAUGGUGUCGUUUGAAGAUGAGGAACUUCAAGUCCAGUGUGAUCUGUCUGAAGCUGAUGCUGCAUAUAACUCUGAGGAAGUCGAGAUAGAGAAGGUCCGAGGGAGGUCCUUAACUGCUGCUGCACAAAUUAGUGUUAAUAUACGGACGUACAUAGCAAAUCCUGAAACACUGGAACCGGCCACAAACCUCAGCCUUGGUGUUCCCGUCAUACUGGUGGCCACACGUCCUGAAGUUGAUAAUGUCGUCAAUCCGUUUUUUUCCCCUCGAAACUGCCAAGCUGCAUCUCCCGAUGGGAAGCUUUUUAUACCACUACAAAACUCGAGAGGUUGUCCUGUGAAUUGGAGAAUUCGAAAGACGGAAUCUGAUCACGGUCUUCUUGUUUCGGAGAUGUUUCGCAUGUUUCACUUACCAGGAUACACUGAAGUGGUCUUCAGUUGCACAUUUGCGCCCUGUUUCACCGUUUUCCAGUAUUGCUUUGAGCGAUGCUAUGAAUACUAUGGAUAAACGGACCUAUGGAACGAGGAACGAUGUAAACAGCA